AUGACGCUUGAUCUCCUACCUCUUCUCGACCCGCAACCGGAGGUGCCCAAGCGCCACAACACAGACCUCAGUCUCGAUGGAUUUCCUAUAAACGACAAGCUACGGUUUGUCCGGAAAAUCGGUGCGGGAACCUAUGGUCUUAUUUAUUUGGUGGAGGACGUGGAAACUGGCGCUGAGUUUGCAGCCAAAAUGGUGAUGACCGAUCCCCCGGUCAAGAACGGUGGGCGCAUAGACGUUGACGAGAACAAAAAGCUAAUACAAAGAAAAAUGUACGAGUAUUUCGUCUGCAGCCCGAAAAACGUUGUGGAGCUUGAUUUGGACAUGGUGGCCAGAGAAGGUGUGAGGUGCCCCUUCUUAAAGGAGAUUGCUCUACACUUGAGGGUGAGUUCUCAUCCAAACGUGGUGACGAUCCACAAGGUGCUCAAUUUGGGCCGUGUGGCCGUGAUGACCCUCAUGGACUACUACGACGAAGGCGAUCUCUUCGGCAAUAUCAUCGACAGAGGCCUUUUCCUGAGGCCUCCUCCUUGGCAGGACCAGCAGAAGCUCAUGAAAAAUUGCAUGCUCCAGCUUAUCGACGUGGUGAGUUACUGCGCUGCCCAGAGUGUGUUCCACUGUGACUUGAAGCUAGAGAACGUCAUGAUACGAUACAACAGAUCGCAUAGAAGAGCCCCCGGCUCGCCUCUUGUCGACUACGGCGAGCUCCAGAUCGCCCUCAUAGAUUUUGGCCUCGCCAUGACCUCCAACACCAUCUGCUGCAACGCCUGCAGAGGUCUGAGCUUCUACAUGGCUCCUGAAAGAAUUGUCAACUUCAACACAAACCACUUAGUCAAGUCUUUGGUGGACAUGCGCCAGUACCCUACCGUGGAGAAUGCGCCCAAGCUGGGAGCAAAGCUUUUCCCCACUUUGGCAGGCGACAUCUGGCUGUUGGGAGUUCUCUUCAUCAAUAUUACCUGUGCCAGAAACCCCUGGCCCAUUGCCAACAUCAAUGACGUCAACGAUGUGUUUGGAACUUACAUUCUUCAGAACAGGGACAUAUUGGCGUCGAUUUUGCCCAUUCUGCACCGGUUCAACCGUCUCUUGGACGAGAUUUUCCGCCUCAACCCCAACGAGCGAAUCCUGCUAGCAGACUUGUACCGCAAGAUUGCCAGAAUAGAUUUCUUCUCGGACGAGAUCAGAAAAGACGAUGAGGAUUUGGUGUAUAACCCGCAAUUGUCGACUCCUCCUCCCGAGAGGCCAUUGGCAGAGAGGGACUUUGUGCCCAACUGCCCAUUGCUGAUCAAGACAACGUGA